GCUCCUCCCCGGGCUCGGUGUUCGAGGCUCGCGGACAGCGAAUGUCGUCAUGAGCGAACAACAGGACAGUAUGGCCACCACUGUUGCUGUCAGUCCCAGUGAAUACCUCCAGCCCUCCACCGCUUCCACACAAGACACCCAGCCCUCUCCUCUGGCCCUCCUGGCUGCAACCUGUAGUAAGAUCGGCCCCCCCGCUGCUCAGGCUCCCGUCACAUCUCCUCCAUCGCAGCCGCAGCCUCGCAGGCUCCUCCCCAUAAAGCCGGCUCCGAUCGCCCCGGCGCCGCCCAAGAACCUGGGCUUCCUCUCAACCAAGGGCAAUGUCAUCCAGCUCCCUGCCGGCCUGGGCUCCACGGCCCCCGGGAGCCCCAUCGUCCUCACCAUCCAGCAGAGCCCGGCUCGCAGCAACACCUCGGCCCCCGGCAACAUCCAGUACCAGGUGGUGCCGCAGAUGCAGGGCCCCCAGACUAUUCAGAUGAUGCCGCAGGGGGGGCAGUUCCAGCUCAUACCCGGAACCAACCAGGCCAUCCUCACCACUCCAAUGACUGUCCCGGCCCCCGCGGCCGCCACCGCUCCGGUCACGCCACAGAAGACUGUCGCCAUCAAGCCGUGUCCGAAGUCGCGGAGGCCGAACCACUCGGCUGCUCACAUGGUGCAGCUGCCGGGGGGGCUCACCCUGCCGCUCAACGUGGCCACGGGAGAGGUGGGUGGGACUCAGAUCAUCACAGAGACGGCCACCCUCACUCCUGGAAAGGGACGACGAGGGCGGAGGAAGAAAGUGGUUCUGGCUUCACAAACUCCACUGUCUCAUCCUGCACAGGCCGCCUCCCCCCCCCCGGAGCAGAUGGAGACGAUCCUGAUCGAAGCCGGGGACAACAUCAUACAGGCUGGAAACAACCUCCUGAUCGUGCAGAGUCCCGGGCAGCCGGCGAUGGUGCAGCAGGUCCAGCUGGUGCAGCCCAAACAGGAUUCUCAAAUGGUUCAGAUCCCGCAGCAGGCACUGAAGGUGGUGCAGGCCGCCUCCGCCACUCUGCCACCCGUCCCACAGAGACAGCCGGCCCCCACCAACCUGCAGGUCUCUCCCACAGAUCCAUCGCCAACACAGAUCUUCUUCAAAACGGCGUCGGGUGAUUGGCAGUCGGUUCUGCUCCAGGACUCGGUCUCCACCACAACAACCACCUCCACCACGUCGGUCGCCACCGCCGCGACUUCGCCGCCGGCCGGCACCAAGAGGACGCUGGCGGGGGGGCGGAAGGAGAGGACUCUGGCAAAAAUUGCCCCGGCGGGGGGGAUGAUGGCGCUGAACCCGUCGCAGCUGCCCUCGGCUGCGCAGGCGGUGCAGACGAUCAGCAUCAACGGGGUCCAGGUGCAGGGAGUUCCUGUCACCAUCACCAACGCAGGGGGCCAGCAGCACCUCACCAUGCAGGCCAUGCAGGGCGGGGGGCUCCAGCUGGCGGCGCAGGGCCAGGCCGCCAUCCAGGUGGACCAGACGCUGACCCUGGAGCUGCCCGGUCAGCCAGGAGAGAAGAAGAGACGCAUGGCCUGCACCUGCCCCAACUGCAAAGACGCAGACAAGAGGCCCGGGGAGGUCGGGAAGAGGAAGCACAUCUGCCACGUCCCCGGCUGUGAGAAGACGUUCAGGAAGACGUCUCUGCUCAGAGCUCACGUCCGGCUGCACACCGGAGAGAGGCCCUUCGCCUGCAACUGGGUUUUCUGUGGGAAACGCUUCACGCGCAGUGACGAGCUGCAGCGGCACGCCAGGACACACACAGGAGACAAGCGCUUCGAGUGCAGCCAGUGUCAGAAACGCUUCAUGAGGAGCGACCACCUGACGAAGCAUUACAAGACGCACAUAAACACCAAGAACCUGUGAGCGCACCGUGCACCCCGCGUGGACACACACAAACUCAAGACUGUGUUAGUGGAGCUGCAGAGGGGACGAGGGGAGACUGAGACUUAUCCCAUACUGGGAAAUACUCCAAAAACCAGUCCCCGUGUCUCUGCUCAUUCCUCUAGGACGCUGUGUGGUGUACAGAGAAAUCCCUUCUGAUGGACUUCUAACUGACCCAGCACAUUUAACAACAGUAGAUCAUUUUCCUUUGUGUUAUUUUCCCCUCUGGUCCGAGCGGAGGCCUGAACGUGUGAAGUGACUCGAAGACGAGUCUCCAGACGCAGAGGCACCACUCUGCCGGCUUAUUUAUGAACUUCUUUGGUAGAAGAAUAAUUCAGACUCCCUCACCUGAGACCACCGGACUCACGGCUUCACCAACAGUUUCCAUCGCUUUCCACAAAUCAUUCUCCACUUUUUGUUUUUUUCGUGGAACAUCGGGAACUCUGACAAAUUGUCUGUGAAGAAGCAAAAAAAAAAAAUUUACGCAGUGUUUUAUAAAUUUACCAAAAAACAUAUUUUACCUGGAAAUUAUCUAUUUGUGUUUUAGCAGAAGUUUUUUUUUUGCUGAUUUACCCAAAAAAAAAGUUGGGGACCACAAAACUUCUUCAGUUUACAUUGGCUAUUUUUAAAGUGUGUAUAUGCGUAUUAUUAUACAUAAUAUUAAUAAUGAUAAUAAACUAUUUAUAUCUUUUUUUCAUACAGUCGUUACAAAUUGAUUUGGAAUAGGAUUGACAUAAAAUCGAAAGAGACUAAAUGAGAAGUUGAGAAUGUUAAAAACAUAAGAAAGAAAAGUUGGAGACUCGGUCGAGAAGAAACGAGUUCAGAAGGAUUUCUGACUCUGGAUCAGUUUCACUGUUCGGGGCCAGAAGUCACUGUGCCUUAAAAGUUGUCAUUAACGUUUUUAAAUCAUUUUUCAAACAUACCACAAAGAGAUUCUGGACUUUGGAUUAAUUUGGUGAUGACUUGGUGAAGAGCAAAGUUCUGAAUGUGACAAGAAUAUGGAACAAACGUGAAGUCUGUAAAUGUUCCAGACGGGGACCGGACCCAGAUAGUUAAAGAAAAGUAGAAAUGUAGAUUGUUGGAAACACCGUCUGGUUGCUGAAGGGUCCGUGGCAGCGUCGUGGAGAAAGUUUCAACUUUGAAUUUACAGAAAGUAUUUUAGGCUUUUGUACAGGCUUGAGUUUUAAUUGGAUAAUAACAGGACCUGGUCCUUGCAGUGUGUCACAACCAGGCUGGGAUGGUAUUAAACGUGAGGGGGGGGGGUUUACAGGACAGAUUAAUAACCGGUGAGAUGGUUCCAGGUUGAAUUCUGUUUAAUAGAUUUAACUGUACUAACAACCUGUCACGUAUGAAACAUGUGUACUACCUACAGUUCUCUACGUUCAGAGAAACGCUGCAACAAUAUUCAACUCAGUGCAACGUCUUCAUUUCCUGUGUAAUCGGGGGGGGGGUGGGCAUCGAACUUCAAUAUGUGUUAAAACCAAAUCUUCCACCGGUUUCAGCAAAUAGUCAUUGAUUCAAACACAACUUUCACAUGUUGUUUGAUCGAAGUUCACCGACGGCUGCUUCUGUGAGGACGAACCAACGGAACUCCCGAUUCUUUAAUUAACCGAUAAAGUGUUUCAGUAUUUUGUAUAUUUUUUAAAAACAUGUUUAUAAAAGACAGAUUUGGUAGCUGAACCAAACGAUUCCCAGUCCAACCGACUCCUCGUGAAACACGACUCCAGGGUAACUGCUCUUCUGCUUCAUCACAGUAUAGUUUUCAUCCGGUGAUUUGUAGCCUUUGCUGUAAAUAUGAUUCAGAUUUCAAACUCUUUGCUCUAACUCGACAAUCAUGUCACAAGAUGCAAAAAAAACAACACAACGCUUUCUCAGGCCUCAGUUUGUGUUUGAUUUCCUCUCCAGCUAUGUGAUAGCUUUAAUUCUCACGUUUCCCUCUGAUGACCAGCAUUAGGCCGACUGUACAGUAUUCACAUGUCACUUAUCAUUUGCUUUAUAGCAAACAAACUGUUGCUGAUAUCGUUUUUUGAUAUAAUGAAGAUGUUCUCUAACAGGUCCUCAGUCAGUUUGACGCUCGCUUUUUUCUUUUUAUCCAACAAAUACAGUGAAUUAUUUUAUUAUCAGCUUUUUGGUCAAAUGAGCUCGGUGCCAUGAGACAGCCUCUAGUUGAGUUCUCCCUGUGGCGUGUUUUAAUACUGUGACAUGCGUGUGCGAUGGAAGGUCACGCUCCAACAACCACCUUCCUCUCUGCACACGACACAGAGGUUUGACCAAAAAGCUCAACACAGGUCAGACAUGUUUUUAACGCACUUUGAGUUCAGUGCUUCGCGGCGGCAGACGGUUUAAAGCGUAGGUGGCCAAUAUUUGGUGUAUUUUUUUAAGAAUGUGUCCGGAGAACAUGCGAUGCCAUUGGGACGGAUAGAAAGAGCCGGCUCAUAUUUAUGUUCACGUCUGACUAUGUAAAUACAGUGUGUGUCUGAGAGACACGGUAAAUGUAGGAUAUUAUAAAAUACAAGUAAAGCUGCCCAGUGUUGAGGUUGGUGCGACCAGCCCUGAAGAAAACAGACUUUGUACAGCGUGCGAGGAAUAAAAUAUAAUGUGACAUGGUUUAGCUUCAUUCCUGCUUUGUAUGAGACCUGUAGAUCUUCUUUUCUAUUGAAUUUAAGAUGCCUUAGAUAGCUACACCCAGUAUUUCAUGAUGUUUUCUGUCUAAUUCCAGGUAACAACAUUUGUAAAAUUCCUUCUGUUGUUUUUAACUUAUGUUACAUGCUAAUGUCAUGUGCACUGAUCAAAAUCACAGGUUUCCAAAAUUUGUCAAUUUAACCUCCGUUGUAAUUCAAACGUAAUGAGAUUUUUUCAAAUUGAGACGUUUCUCCGAGUCGAGAGUUUUUCUCCUUCUCCACCUUCUUCAUCAGGAGCAGCCAGAGAACCAGGAGAUGUUUUAUAACUUGUGUAAAGGUGCUAAAACACCAGUCUGCUCCUUUUCUACUUCACCCCCUCAAUAAACAACUCAAACUGUU